AUGUCGAUUCCCGUGCCGCCCAGCUGGAAGGACCUCGGUAAGGCCGCGUCCGACAUCCUUGGUAAGGACUACCCGAUCCACGGCUCGACCCUGGAGGUGAAGACGCGCACGCCCUCGGGUGUGACCUUCAAAGUGCUGGGUCUGCACGACAACAAGUCGUCGACCAUCAGCGGCGACCUGGAGGCGAGCUGGGCCGACCGCAAGAAGGGUCUGGCUUUCACGCAGGCCUGGUCGACUGCCAAUGUGCUCCGCAACCACAUUGAGCUGGAGAACCACGUCGCCAAGGGCCUGAAGCUCGAGGUGAUCUCGACGCUCGUGCCUGAGAAGCAAGCGAAGAACGCCCUGGUGGCGCUCACCUACAAGGCGCCCGGUGUGCAUGUGCGCAACUUUGUGGAUGCCUUCAAGGGCCCGCUGCUGACCGCCGAUGCCGUGGUCGGCCGUGACGGCUUCCUGUUCGGUGCCGAGGCCGCCUACAGCGCCAAGGACAAGAAGCUGGCCCGCUACAACCUGGCUGCUGGCUUCCACGCUCCUGAGUACGCCGUCACGCUGCACGCUCUCGGCAACCUGUCGACCUACAGCGCCUCGUACUACCACCGCGUGAAUGCCGACAUUGAGGCCAGCGCCCGCGCCACCUACGACUCGAAGGCUGCCAGCAACGUGAACCUCGAGGUCGGUACCAAGACCUACCUUGACAACGCUGCGUUCAUCAAGGCCAAGAUCAACAACUCCGGUAUCCUGGCCCUCGGCUACGCCCAGGCCCUGCGUCCUGGCAUCAAGGCCACCUUUGGUCUCGCGCUCGACACCCUUAAGAUCUCGUCGGGCACUACUGAUGCGAGCGCCCACAAGAUUGGUGCCUCGCUCACCUUUGAGGCUUGA